AUGUCGUCAAAAUUGGACGAGCAGCCGCUCCUUAACGGCACGACCGUUUGUGUCACAGGCGUUCCAAAAGUGUACCGCGCGCUGCUGGCGGAGCUGAUCAGGCGCCUGGGGGGGCGGUACAGCGCCGACCUCACCCCGCACUGCACCCACCUCCUCGUCGCAAUAUCCCCCUCCCCGCCCUCCUACCCCCUACCCGGCCCUCCUCCUCCCUACCCGCCCUUCCCCUCCCCUCCUCCCCCCUACCCCCCCUCCUCCCCCCUACCCCCCCUCCUCUCCCCUACCCGCCCUCCCCUCCCCUAA